UUAACUGUCCGUUGGAAACAAAUCCUUGGUGCCGGUGGUCCGCGUUACGCGUUUGCAUUUUUCUGUGUUGACAUUUGUUUUAUGUUCUCAAGGUAUAUGUUGUUUAUUAUUUAUUCUUAAUGGAAGGGGUGCCUUGUCUCCGUGUGCCUCAUUGCCAUGCACAGAAAUUAAGGGAACACUUGCAGUCUCAAGAGUUCCUGGACCGAAAUGUAUGUAUUGUGAAAGAGCCGACCGGGACUGUCCUUGUACCCAUUUUACCUCCAUGUUUACAACAACUUGACCAAAAUGUUCUCAAAGAUGUGACAGUUGUUUGGUGCCAGGCUUCUGCGCUGUCCAAGAAGCAGAGAUGCAGGAGGAGGGGUGAUAAGCUUGAAGAUCUCCUCCAGGAGUUGCUGGAAUCUCAUGGAGAAAGUUGGACAAAGGAGGUGAGGGACGAUCUGCCUCGCAGCUUCCAGCGGCAUGGAGAUUUAGUCCUGCUGGGGCACAACUGUUUCUCCCUACCUGUAUGGAAGAAAUUUGAUCAACAGCUAUGGCACACCGUAGCCAAAGGCCUUGGAGCCGAACGUCUGGCAACGAUGAAUCGAAUAUCCAGCGAUGGUUUCCGAUCGCCGCAAGUGACUGUUCUGCUGGGAGAGCAAAGCUGGGUCAAACAUGUGGACAAUGGCAUUACGUAUGAGUUUGAUGUCACCAAAUGCAUGUUUUCUGCUGGAAAUAUAACAGAGAAGCUGCGGGUUGCUGAAUUUGACUGCAGGGGCGAGACCGUGGUUGAUUUAUAUGCAGGUAUAGGAUACUUCACGCUUCCGUAUCUGGUCCAUGCGGGUGCGGCACAUGUCCACGCCUGCGAGUGGAACCCACAUGCGGUUGAGGCACUGCGUAAAAACCUAGUCAUCAACCGAGUACAUGACCGCUGCACGGUUCACCCAGGGGAUAAUCGAAAAGUCCAGCUGUGUGACAUUGCAGACAGGAUAAAUCUGGGCCUCAUUCCGAGCUCUGAGGACGGAUGGCCAGUCGCCUGUCGCCUGCUGAAGAAAACAACUGGUGGUAUCCUACACAUUCAUCAAAACGUUACAUCAGCAAAUGCCGUGGCUUCGCAUGAAGAGAAUGAUGCCGACUACAGCGUGUCCGGGAAGAGAGCGGACAGAGAGGCGUGGCAGGCCUGGGCUUCUGCCACCGCAAACCGCAUCGUGUGUCUUUUGAAGAAACUCACAACUACUACAUGGAGAGCAAACAUCCAACACAUUAAACAUGUAAAGUCAUACGCACCUCAUGUGCAUCAUGUUGUGCUGGACUUGGAGUGCAGACCAGUCUGAAUGAUGUUCAUAAUCAUUACAGACAGCAUGACCUACAUAUUAUAGAUAUGUACAGACACACUGAAUCCUGCCACUUGGGUUUAGUGUCAUUCAAGAGACAAUCAGCAGUUUCAUUUGAGUUGACUUCAUCAUUGGAAACAGAUUGGUUUGGUGUAUAUAGGGCAUAGCUUCCACUUAUACACGUUUAAAUGGCACUACAAUUUGGCAUACUCACAAUUCAGGGGACUAUGUUGUAUGGUGCUUCAAGAUACAAUUGAGUUGCCCUACGUUUUUUUAGAUACCAGCUGUCAUUGGUCCUAUUUUUUGCUUUGAGUGCAAACUUGAAAUAUGAGUGUGGUCUGGUGUCAGCGAACUCAACAAAUCUCACAUUAAGCAGCAAAUAGGAAGCAAUUCUUCCAAAAAAGUGGUCUUCGCGCUCUUGAAUGCCGCUCCCAGUCGAAGUUUAUCAUCAACCUAAAUAAAAUUUGCAGAAUUUCACACUGUAUUGAAAACAAGCCCAUACCUUUAGCCACUAGUCUGCGACCUUAAAGCUAAACCAAACACAAAAUAGGAAAUGCGUACGUUUUGCCAACUGAUCUAUGAACAGAAACGAUGCAGCAAUGCAUUCUGAUGUUCCAUUAGAGCACUGCCGUCCAUAUAUGUUAUUUCAGUCUAUCGCACUGCUUAUUUCAGUCUAUCGGACUGUUUCUAGGUGGCCAAUGUGGGCAACUGCUUAGUUAUUUUUGUGUAAAUAUUGUGUGGUUUUAUACUGUACGUCCAAUAUGAACUGCUAUUUCUUAUCAUAAAUAAACAUCACACUAUUUUG